AUGGAUACCCCAAGUUCAAGCAAAGGUAGUGAACAAGUCAAUGAGAGAGAGGAGCCUGCGACUGUGGUUACGGGAGAAGGAUCAUCGACUGCACAGAUUGAGGUUAAGCCCCGACAGGCCACGGAGAAGCAAUGCAAAGCCAAAAAAUCUAAGAAGGAGAAGGCGGAUAAGAGUUACAAAUCCAAAAGCAAGAAAACUAAAGAGGUGAUAGAAACCGAGUCUGAGAGCGAAAUUGAUGAAUCGUCGGAUUUAGAUUCUACCUCCUCUUCUUCCAGUGACUCCGACGAAUCAGAGACGGAAACUGAAAAGGAGAAGAGAAAGAGAAAGGCAAAGUUGAAGGCCAAACAAAAGCUCAAGGAAAAGCGUAAGGCUAAAUCAAAGAAGAAGGCUAAGAAAGAUGAUACUUCUGACUCCGAUUUAACUUCCGAUUCAGAAUCAAAUUCGGAUAAUGAAGAUGAAGAGGAUGGAGACGAUUCCGGUGAUGCCGAAGCCGAUGACGAUGCCGAUGAGGUGGUUGACGUUACCAAUGCUCAACUUCAGGCACAAUUGAUGCAAAUUCAAGCACAGCUCCAAAGAUCUUCAUUAUCGCACCCUCCACAAUUACCACCAGUAUGGAAUCUACCUCCUCCACCUGCAGCACCAAAUUCCCUUCCUCCCGGUACAAGACAGCACCAGGCUUUACGUAGAAAGCUUCUGUUGGAUGAGAGGAAUCAAGGAAAAAAGAUUAAAAAUGACAAGGGCAAGAGAAAGAGAGGAAGCAAAUUGGAAUACAAGAGAGUCGAUCAAUUAUGGGAUAGCACAAUUCAUAAUUACAAGCUUACCGAUACUGCGGAGGAUGAAGAGAGUUCGGAAUAUGAUCAAUAUCUUUUCAAUGUUCGCCGAACAUUUGAUUGGGAGGGAAAAUAUAAGGCGACUGUUGUUGAUAUCAAGAGCAAACUUUUGAAAGAAGCUCUCAAUGAAGCUAUGGAUGGUGUCAAAGGUGUUAGUUUGGUCGAAGAGACCCCAUGCAUUGACCCCAACCUCCUUUUCCUGUACUUGGAGGACCUUCGAAAAUCUUGCAAACAAUUGAAAAACAAGAAGAUUACUGAAAAGAAAGGCAAGAAGAAGCUCAAAAAGAGAAAUGAGACCAAGAGAAAACAUCUCAAAGUUCUUUUAAAAUAUCUCGACAAGGAUUAUGCCUCGACUAAAAAGACCCUCUAUCCAAUGUUGGAAACUGGAAUCAUAACAUUUGAUCUGCUCUGGGCCUUGUACAAGCCUAAUACCUUGGCUUAUACGACAACUUAUGGAACCAUUGAUGAGCCAAGAGCUUUCAAAAUUGAAUUGGCUGAAAAGAAUAUUAGUUUCAUGAAGGGCACUUGGUAUAAUAUCGAGGGUAAAUAUUUGGAAUAUGAUGGAAAAACGUGGGGAAUGGGUACCAUGGAUUGUGAUGUUCCAGCUUUCAAAGGUGCAAGAAAGAUUACAAGUCUUAAUUGUUAUCCUUUGAAAUAUCACAAAAAUGAAGCCAAACUUCGUACCGAACUUAUUGAGAGAGGUAAGAAAUUUGUGGCAUUACAAGGCGUUCACUACAAGAGUCAUAAAGGAAUGGCAUAUUACAAGAAGCGCAAGUCUAUUGUCAAAGUCAAUAUUGAUGGUAGAGUUAUGGUCGACCCUGCUAUUCAUCGACGAAUCCUACCAAAUUAUAACGUCAGCACCGUCAAGCCUAAUGAUCCAGAUCUUAUCGAUGAUUCGGAUAGCGAGGAUUAUGAAUGUGGUUGUUGUGGUGAUGACGAUUCUGAUGAUGGUCAAGGAGAUCGAGGAGAUCGUGGAUUGGAGAAGAGAGAAGAUAAUGAUGAACCAAAGAUGAAGCUCAAGGUUGUUCUCGAUGAAAAGGAGAAACCUCAUCUAGUUUCAGUUCCUGUCGAUGAAGAUGGCAAUGAAGUUGUUGUUGAGAAAUUGGAUGAAGUUCCAAGUAAGAUUACCAAUAAGGACAACAAGGAUGAAACUACACAGGCAGAAGAUGAUAAGAAAUCUCUUCCUAUCUUCACAGAUGAGGAAUAUCUAAUCGCUUCUCCUGUUGUUCUUGGAUUCGCUUUUGCUGAAAAGCUUUGGCUCGAAUUCACAGUUUCAGGUAUCAAAGAUAUCGUUUGGAAUGAAGGUGCUUACGAUUCUCUGGUCUUGGAAGACAACACCAAAGCUAUUGUCAAAGCUCUCGUCGAAUCCCACAAAUAUCAUCCAGCCGAAAGUAUCGAUGAUGUUAUUCAAGGCAAAGGUAAAGGACUUGUGGCUGUUCUUCAUGGUCCUCCUGGUACAGGUAAAACUCUCACAGCAGAAGGUAUAUCGGAACUUCUUAAAUGUCCUCUAUACAUGGUUUCAGCUGGAGAACUUGGUACCGAUCCAAGGACUCUUGAAGCAGAACUUCAAAAGAUCCUUGAUAUUGCUCAUGCAUGGGGUGCAGUUCUUCUUCUUGAUGAAGCAGAUGUUUUCUUGGAGAGGAGAACAAUUCAGGAUAUUCAUCGUAAUGCUUUGGUUUCAAUUUUCUUGAGACUUUUGGAAUAUUUCCAAGGUAUUCUUUUCUUGACUACCAAUAGGGUUGAAACAUUUGAUGAUGCCUUUCAAUCAAGAAUUCAUAUCGCAUUGAGAUAUGGAGAUUUGAGUCCAAAGGCAAAGAAGAGUGUUUUUAAGAUGUUUAUUGAGAGAGUUAGGGUUUUGGAGGGUAUUGAUACAAUGCCUUUUACUGAAGAAGAUUAUAAUGCUUUGGCUAGGAAUAAUUUGAAUGGAAGACAGAUUAAAAACACAAUUCGUACAGCUCAAGCCCUCGCUGUCAACAAUAAAGAACCACUUUCUAUGGAACAUAUUAAACGUGUUUUGGAUGUUUCAAAUGCAUUUGAUAGGGAUCUGAAAGGAGGAACAGGUUUUGAGGAUGCUAUGAGAGGGUACUUUUAA